GGAGCGCCCCGGGGACGCGGCCCGCGCGGCACCGCCGGUGCCCGGCGCUGCCGGCCGCCAUGGGGGAACAACCUAUCUUCAGCACCCGAGCUCAUGUCUUCCAGAUUGACCCGAACACUAAGAAGAACUGGGUUCCCACCAGCAAGCAUGCUGUUACUGUGUCCUACUUCUAUGACAGCACAAGAAAUGUCUACAGGAUAAUCAGUUUGGAUGGCUCAAAGGCAAUAAUAAACAGCACUAUCACCCCCAACAUGACAUUUACUAAAACAUCCCAGAAGUUUGGCCAAUGGGCAGACAGCAGGGCAAAUACAGUCUAUGGCUUGGGAUUUUCAUCUGAGCAUCAUCUUUCAAAAUUUGCGGAAAAAUUCCAGGAAUUCAAAGAAGCCGCACGGCUAGCAAAGGAAAAAUCACAAGAAAAGAUGGAGCUGACAAGUACACCCUCUCAAGAAUCGGCUGGAGGGGAUAUUCAGUCUCCUUUAACGCCAGAAAGCAUUAACGGGACAGAUGACGAGAGAGCUACGCCAGAAGUGACACAGAAUUCAGAGCCAAGGGCUGAACCAACCCAGAAUGCAUUGCCAUUUACCCAUAGUUCGACAAUCAGCAAGCACUGGGAGGCAGAACUGGCCACGCUCAAGGGUAAUAAUGCUAAGCUCACAGCAGCCCUGCUGGAGUCCACUGCCAAUGUAAAACAAUGGAAACAACAGCUUGCUGCAUAUCAGGAGGAAGCAGAACGUCUUCAUAAGCGCGUGACUGAGCUAGAGUGUGUGAGCAGUCAAGCCAAUGCAGUCCACACACAUAAAACAGAAUUAAACCAGACAAUACAGGAAUUAGAAUCUACACUGAAGAAGAAAGAAGAGGAAAUCGAAAGAUUGAAACAAGAAAUUGACAAUGCCAGAGAACUCCAGGCACAGAGGGAUUCUUUGACCCAGAAGUUACAGGAAGUAGAAAUUCGAAACAAAGACCUGGAAGGCCAGCUGUCUGACCUAGAGCAACGUCUGGAGAAAAGUCAGAAUGAGCAAGAAGCUUUUCGCAAUAACUUGAAGACACUUUUAGAAAUUCUUGACGGAAAAAUAUUUGAACUAACAGAAUUACGAGAUAACUUGGCCAAGCUAAUAGAAUGCAGCUAAAGAAAAUGGGAUUUCAGUGCCAAUCAGCUUAAAGAUGCACUGUCUCUCUUCGUAGGACUUUGUUGGGCUCUGCAUCAAAGUUGCACAAAAUUAGAAAUGCUCCUCUGAGAGGGUUUGUUUUAAAUUUGAGUCAUAUUUCAAUGUAAAAUUCAGAACUCAGCUUGUAGCUAGCUGAAGACAAAAAAAGAAACAACAAAAAGCUUGAAUUACAAAUUACCUCCUUGUACUUUAUUGGCCAUAGAUAACUUGAAUGGUAUUAACACUAAUUGAAUGCAAUCCUUUUCUAAUUAUCAGUGAUAGAAGAAUUACCAGUGUCCCAGAUACAUCUGUUUUUUGUGACAGACACAAUAUAGGCUAUCUUCUCUUUUAUUUAUUUAAUAUAUUUAAUUGCUAUGUUUUGUGCAAGAACUUACUGAUGACAGCCCUGUAUUUUGUUGUUAAUAAUUUCUCAGGAUUCUUUGCGCUGUGGAAAAACAGUGCCACUACCAAUUUAUUCUUGCCAGGAGUGAGAGAAAGUUGCAUCUUUAAUUGAAACAAAGUUCCUAAUUGCUUGUGCGAAGUUAUUCUUUUUGGGUAUUUCAGUUGGUUGGUCAGCUGGUUUUUGUUUGUUUGUUUGUUUUUUUAAUCUAUAUAUAUACUGGGAUAUACCGUAUUUCUUUAUGGAGCUUACUCUGGUGUUCUACAAUAUUGUCCACUGUAAGGUUUACAUUAUCAUAUGAAUUCCUUGUAAUUACAGUGAAAUACUAUUUCCACUAAAUCUGUAUGUUGAAGCCAACCGAUGAUGGCAGGUGAGUCCCCGAGGAAAAAAAGGAAAAAAGGAAAAAUGAGAAUUUUAAAUGUAAGAUUUGACAUGCACAGAUAACGAGGAGCAGCUGGUCAUUUGCUGUCUGGCCUUGCUACAUAUUUCAAAUACCUAUGUCAAAUUAACUGUUAGCCUGUUCUGCAGGAGACUUUCUCAGAAUGUCACAUGAAUUUCAGAUUUUGUGAAUAAUGGCUUAUGGGGAGCAAUAUUUAUUAGGACUGCAUUAAGGGCAAGAGAUGUUGCAAGGGACUACUUGGACACUGAAAUUGUCCAGCCAAGAAGGGUGUUUGUAAAAUUUUUGCUGUCACAACAAGUUGAAAUGGAGACAUGUUUACUCUUUUAUGGGUCUUCAUAUCACAUCCUUAUUGAAACAACACCAGGCAGUGUUCACAACUGCUAACAAAAAGCUUAAAAACAGGAGAAAAUUGAAUCUUUAUCCUCAAUGAGCAGGUUUUAAAGUCGUUUUGAGGAAGUUUUAACAGACUUUUGGCAACCACACAUUUCUUUAUACAAUAGAUUUACUUAAAAAAAACCAACAACAACAAAAACCAACUCCGAAAGGUAAGCCAAGUGUGACGUGUCUUGCUUCAAAGUACAUUCUUGCCAUAAACUAAUUGCUUAUGAUUUUGAAGAGGGCUUUUUUAAAAUGUAUGAAUGAGUGUCAGACUUCAGAGUUGAAAGAUGCACUGUUUGCUCCCCAGGUUUGUUUGAAUGUUAAACAUGAAAUCUAGCUGCUUAUAAAUUUGUACAACAUAAUUUUCUCCACUUAGAGACUGCUACUGAAAACUAGGAAAGAUAAGUUUGUUUUUGUGUGUAUUGUAUGUAAAUACCAUACAAUACACACAGGUUAUUUAUAUUAGAAAUACAUGCUUUAUUUCUAAAAUACGUUUUUUUUCUCUUUACCAGUGAUUUAUCAGGUGUCCCCUGACUAGUCAGGAAAGUGGUUUAGGUCAAAUGCUAAACCAUCAUGUAUUAUACUGUAUGUAAUGUACACAAUGUUUAAGUUUUAUCCAUAUUUUUAGGGUAUUUUCUCACCUAUUUUCUUUAUUGAUGGGGUAGAGGAGCUUGACUCAGUGUGCUACUGGUUGAAAACUUUGUGGUGAGCUACAUGUUUUUCUUUCAGUGAUUUUAGGCAGUGAUGUGUACAUCUUCAUCAGGUCCACGCGAGCAAAUAUCACAAGAUUUCAAUUUAACUGGGGAUGUUUGGGCCCGAUUUUCCUGUCACUUGUGCUGCUGUAAACCAGAUGCGUCCCUGAUGUGGUGUCAGCAGUGUUUAGCUGGCAUAACAUUGGAGGAAAUGCAAGGAGAAUCUGGCCCGUUAAUUACUGCUCAGUGGACAUAAUAAGGAUGAAGAAAGAAUAAAAACAUUAGAAACUUGAUGAUGGAAUAAAUGUAAUAUUAUUUUUAAUGAUAUUAUUAUUGACAUUUUUAAAGAUAUGAUGUCAUUUACAUGUGGGAAAAUAGUGGACAGAAAUACUUCCACUUAAAUUUUGUGAAUAUGUGUGGUACAUGAGUAUUUCUAUGUAUACGUACACACACAUAUGUAUAUAAAGAACAUGAAAAAAUUUAGAUGUGCACAUUUUUAAUAUUUUCCUAUUGAAAUUAAAUUUUAAAUUGGAAAUUGAUAUUUGAGAAUUUCUUUUCUCAUUCAGUAGAUAUGCUUCAUUUCAUUUUUUACAAUUACUGAGGGCUGCACCUUUGAAUUCCCAAGCAGUUGUCAAACAUGAAAUGGGAUAAGGUAGACUUACGUGCACAUAUAAAUAAAAUCUGAAUGCUAUGAGUAUUUUUAAUGUUUAUUUACAAUAGGUGGGUGUUUAGAGUUUGAAACCUGAAGUUCAUUCAUAGGUGGUUAUGCCUACUGUAGCCUCUCCAAUUCUGUUUCAAGAUAAUAGUUUGCUUCUUUGAAACAUGACUUUUCCCAGAUACAGAUAUUAUGAAUUGUAUCUAUCUUUGAUGAAACUGUGGGAAUGUGUGUACCUGAAAACACUGUUGAGUACUGCAGGUUGAAAAACAACAUGAUCUUGUGUAGGAGAGGCGAGCAGCCACAUUGCGUAGACUUUGUUAAAUGGCAACUGUAGUCUUGUUUAAAAAAAAAAAAAGAAAAAAAAAAAGAGCAACAAGAAUUACAGUGAGAAAAAACAAGCAACUGAUAAACAUCUAACAAAAACUGAAGAAAAAUCAGAAAUACAGCUUUUAUUUUGAAAUACACUUGCUGUUCUCUGGAGAAUGUACUUUUACUCUUUAUUUUUUUCCUUAUAUCUUUUCAAGUAUGUGCAAGUGAUAGCAGCAGCUACCUUAAUCUUUCAGGUGCUACUGGAUUUUGCAUUAGCGUGUUAUGUUGUGAAAUCCUGACUCUGACAUAAAAGAUUUUUGUAAGUAUAUUCCCGUCCAGAUAGUUGGUUUUUGGAGUGUCUUGUUCAUAAUCCAUAUGCCUCAAUGAUCCAGAAAUCGCAUUUUUCUAUGUGCACAAAGUAAAAUGUGUGAAUUAAUGUCUGUUACAGACUGGGGAUUCCUUUUCCUGGCUAAUAUACCAGGAAAGAGGCAAACAAAAUGAACUGAUAAUGCAGAAAUAUUGUUAUAAAGUCUCUACGAAAAUACAUUUUCAGGUAAAAUAUAAUAAAGGGCUAAAACAGAUGUAACACAAACAAGUAUCGUCUAAUGCUAUUGGUGGCAUUCUGAGGGUAAUUCCUUCACCAAAACCCUGCAGGAGUGAGCAAUGCGUCAAUUAAAAUGAAUAUUUUGGGAUGCGUCUUGUCAGUUGUGGAAGGUUUCUGUUUUCUGCUCUGUUUUCUACAGGUUAGGGACUGACUCCAGGCUCCCCUGCAGCGAGGGGCUGAACCUUACUUUGUUUCGUUGCCGUUCAUGUUCUGUACCAAAGUGGCUGUGAGCAGUGCCCCGUGAGCACCUCGUUCAUGAGGAGCUUAGUUUCAAAGGCAAAAGGAGAAAAUCUUUGUCGGAAAUACAGCAUGGGGAGGGAAAUGGAAAAAUGGCACGGAGCUUAAUUCUCUGCGCAACCGGGUGUCAACAAAGGCGCUUGAUUGGUCUGGUUGAUGAGAAAACCUUGGAUCUUGAGGCCAAAUAUCAGUAGAGAUUAGGUCUGGGGGCUGACAGGGGGUCAAAAAAAAGCAUGAAGAAUCUGCAGCCAAGCAUGUGCGGUCUCAGUAGCUGAACAUGCCAGCUGAAGUGCGCGGCUUUACACCCAUGUGUUUUCGGGAAAUGAACCUGGCUCUGCAAAGCAAUGCCCAGACUGUCGUUUACAUUUUCUUAACAAUGCUGCAUACGUGCACUACCUCUGAAUGGUGCUAAGCAGAGAACAUACCACAGAAUAAUGGGUAUUUCCUAAAACCUGUGUUUUUCUUUACACAAUUAGUUUCUUGGCUUACUCCAGUUGCUCCUGACAAGUAUGACGGAUUUCACCUUGUGUUAAGUGUUUGAGAGCAAGCAGCAGUGCUGGCUAGCCCCUGGUGUCAGCCCGUGGUGCCGCAGCUCCUGACUCACCUCCUGGGUCUCACAGCCUCUCUUGCAGCUGUAGGUUCUGCCUUUGCAGCUCAUCCUAGGACCAAAGAAACCAGAGCAGUUUAUUCCCACUUUCUCCCCCUGCCUACUCUUGCACACACUCAGAUCAGCAUUACAUCCCAUAGCCUGUGGCAUUUUUAAAUGCUGGCUGUUAUGCUGGCAACUACUGGAAGGGGGAGGAACAAAGAUGUUAGAGCUUUUGGGGGAAAAAAGUGUAUAGGUGUCAAAAGGAUUUGCUUAUGUGGCACCACCAGCUGUGAGAUAGGUGAGAACAUCUUGCAUAGCAGAGAACAGAGGACCUGCUGAGCACAUCUGUCUUGCCCCAAAACUGCUGCAGGCUCAUCAAAGUCAGCAUUAGAGUUGUGCUUUGUAACAAAAGCCAAAAUCCCUGCAGUCUGCAAAACCCAUUCCUGCCUUUCUUUUACUUCCACUAGCCCAAGGAUCGGCACCGGUGUUAGUCAUGGCAGUGACUGAAGGCCCUUCCUGCUUUCCUGCCAUCAGCUCCAUCCAUCUGUGGUGUGCAACAGUUCUCUUUCUGUAGCUGUGAGUAGUUUUGGCCGCAUGGAUUCUUGCUCUGGGGUUUUCCCCUGCUCCCACCCUUGUCUCAUUGCACUGCGGGCCCCAGCAGUGGCAGGUGCUCCUGAUCCCUUGGGCUGAGAACAGCCACCUAGAGGUGUUCUUGGAGAAAGCUCGUGUUUCUGUGCAUAGUAACUCAGAAGAGGAGAAGUUAUUUCCCAGCUGAUCACCAAGACUGUCAUGAGCAGCACACACCCACCCCAGUGCUAAGGGAAGAGAAGAUUCACAGUGACACAGUACAUUUAAGUACAGUCUGCCUGUGUGGAGUCCCCCAUUUGAGUUACAUUCAGUGUGAGAUUAUAGAAUUUGCAAGUGAAGUUUUUCAAGGAGGGAAAAAGCCCUUAGAGUUCUUCAACUUUGGAUUGUGUUUUGUUAAAUGGUGACUUGUAUUUUCUUUAAACAAAAUGCAAGGAAAAGGGGGAGCGAAACUGACUUUGCAAAAGAGACAUCACAGCCUCUAAUCAGUAGGUGGGAAUGUAAGAGAUGAAUUUUCUCUGUAGCUGAAUGUACUGCUCUUUUAUGAAUCUGGCAGCAGUUGUUUGCCAGGAUCUACAGCGAUAGGAAUGGGAAACACGGUGUGAAUGCAGCGAGGCUCUGCCUUGCAGUGGGUGUGAGCUGCUGGGCGGCAGCGUGCAGCUGAGCAGGAUGGGUCCUGCAGGCACAAGCAUCCCCUGCAGCCUUGGCAGGAUUCCAGGGGUGCUUGCCGUCUGCCCAAGGUGGUGGUGGUCCUGGUGGUCCCAGAUACACAUUGCUACUCCUGGAGCCCUUUUGCUCCACGUUGUUGGCAUGCAGGGCGACAAAUGGAGGGGAAUUCUGGUGUGCAACUCUGAGAGCAAGAGAACUAUUGCUGGUUUGAGACAAGCACUUCCUCCCCAACUCUUUGAAAGAAAUUACGAAGGCCAUUUGUGUGUGUGUGUGUGUGGUUUCUGUUAUCAUUGGAACCUACAUGCCCUAAAUUUCCUUUAAUUUUUCUGUUUUUAUUAUAUUUUACAUUUUUUGCAUUAAUGUUAUUUCCACAAAUGCAAACUUAGAGUCAUACAGAAGGCAGAUUGGUGUGCAUAUGGGGCAGCAUUGGUUGUCCUUGGACAUUGCUGAGUCCUGAGGAGCUGGAAAGUUAUGGAAGUGGGGAGGAGAGCAACAACGAAACACCGGGCAUGCUGUAAGAGGUGCUGUAAAAGCACGAAAAGCUCACAGAGAGCACCUGUGUGGGGAUGGGCAUCAGGUUGGAUCCGCACUGGCACGGUGGGCAGGCAGUGAUCUGUGCUGUGAAUCUGUGCUGAAAUCAGCACAGUUUGGCCAAAUUGUAGCUAUGAUGCUCUAACAAGGGGGCUGUGUACCCAAAACAUGAACAAAAUCGAACAAGGAGCCAGGGCACCAUGGGGCACGCAAUCAGCUCAUUAGUGAGUGCUGUGCACACAGAGACCCAUCCAUACCAUCCCUAUGUAUGGGAUGAAGUGGCAGUAGGCUCAUCUGCCUCUGAAUAGCCAUAGGGUGGCCGUGGAGUUUGUCAGUCCCUCUUCUGAUGUGCUGCACCAGGAGAAGGAGGCAGUGCUUGAGGAACUGCCCUGGUAGGAAGAGUUGGGAAAUGCUGCUGCUGCUUGCCAAGCUGGCAGCCAUGAUGACUGUGUUCCAAGGAUCAGGCCCUCAUUAUACUGAGUGACUUGGCAGAUACAAGAAAUUGCAACUGUAUUUCUGCGUAUUUACAGGAUAUUUUUUUAAGGCAACUCAUUAUUUGCCAGUGAGGGGUUGAGGGGAUAAUGGAAAGAAAAAGAACUCUGAGGGAACAGGUAGGUCCCUUCUGCACGCUGAACUCUAAAGGGUGCAGGAUUGAAGUUCUGCAUUCAGUUUAAACAAGCUGGUACGGGCAGUGCCCAUGGCCACUUAUUCAGGAGCAUCCCUGAAACUUGGCAGCCUGUGAGGACAUUCUGAAGGCAGUUGGUGCACCCAGUGUGGGGAUGACCUGCUGGUGACAGGAACAGCACACAGGUUCACCCCAAACUGCUGAUGGUGCAGCCUUGACAAAUGCUGGUUGGGUAUCUGUGCGACAUUUCUUACUGCAAAUUGAGACUUGAAGGUCUGUUUUUCUGUGAAUUACGACCAAGUAUUGACUUGAGACCAUAACUGGCUUUUAGAUAUAAGAUAGGACUGUUUGCAAAUCCGAGCAAAGCAUGUCCUGGCAGGCAACCUCCAGCUGCUUUCCCCUGAACGCAGCAUGAGCAGACACAGUGGUCUUUUUAAAGUGACAAAAUUUCAUACUCUAAACAGAGAUUUGCCCUAUCAAGCAUAACUAGUUUUACCUCUGGCAUCACUCAGAACACACACGUGCUGACUGGCUCCACCAGCAACGUGCACAGCGCUUCUCUCGGCCCCAUCUGCCACCACACACCCUGGAGGAGGUGGCCAACAGCUCAGCCCAACAGCGUGAAGGCGAGCAGAGGAGUGGGAUGGCAGGUGUGUGAGAGGGCUGCUGCGGGCGGGUGAGAAUGGCUUGUUGGUGUGGAGAUACGGGCGGGACGAGGAGCAGCUGGCUGGCGGUUCUGCUCGGGCACUGCUGGCCCUCGGCCUCUUGGCUCUGUGCUGAUGGUUGGAGUCUGUGACCUCGACCAGGAGAAGCCCUCAGGCAAACGCAGACGUAUGUGCUCCUGCAGCAAGGGGGUAGGCUGUGCAGUUUAUUUAUAAUGUCUAUUCAAGACCCUUUUCGGUUUUUUUAACAUGCCUUUAAGAGCUGGGUGCGGUGUGGAGGGCUUGUCUAACUGUUUUUUGUGGGUCUCCGUCUUCUCCAGAUGUCAGUUUGCUCACAGCAAGCAAGGGGGUGGGAAAAGAAUGGCCACUGCCUCAUAGUGCUUCACAUUACGUCAGUUCAUACAGCAUCUGUCGUGUCUACACUGUGUGGGUAACAUGCAUGGCAGUUCAAGCAUGCGCUGAUGACUUUGUACACUCAGAGCUCAGAUACAUUCCUGCUGGAAUUUAAUGGGGAUUGAAAUAAAAUAUGAAGAAAAAGUGUAGCCAAUAUAAA